UAUCCUCUCAGAUCUCCUUCCACGCAUUAUCUUCUUUGUUGUUCCUAUAUUUAUUACAGUUUAGCCACAAUGUUCGCAGAGCCCGAUAGCUGCCCGAGAUCCAAGUAUGGGAACAUUAUGCAUUCCGAUCCUAACAUGUCCAUCGCUGGAAGUGAAGAUGAUUUGUACAUACGUUAUAGCAGCGCAUCCGCUUCCAGUCAUGCCCUUUAUGAAGCCCAUAGGACCAGCCCGGAAGGCUCACCCAUUACCAUGUCUCCCUGGAACCAAACCACUUCUUUCAUGAGACCUUCGGGUUUCUCUUCCGGAUACGACAACGUUCCGGCUAACAGUCUCAUCGGGUCGCUCACACGUGAAGAGGGUCAUAUUUACUCCUUGGCAGCCACAAAGGAUCUCCUUUAUACCGGCUCCGAUAGCAAGAACAUUCGUGUGUGGAAGAAUUUAAAAGAGUUCACGGGGUUUAAAUCAAACAGUGGGUUGGUUAAGGCCAUUGUGAUAUCUGGGGAAAAGAUUUUCUCUGGUCAUCAAGAUGGGAAGAUUCGUGUUUGGAAAAUCUCUCCAAAGGACCCCAGCAUUUACAAACGAACUGGAACUUUGCCGACUCUCAAAGACGUCCUUAAAAGUUCCAUUAAGCCAAGCAAUUACAUGGAAGUGAAGCAUAAGCGGUCUUUAUGGAUAAAACACGCUGAUGCGGUGUCGUGUUUGAGCUUGAAUGAAGAACAAGGUCUUCUUUACUCUGCUUCAUGGGAUGGGACAUUCAAAGUUUGGAGGAUUUCUGAUUCCAAAUGCCUUGAAUCCAUUCGUGCACACGACGACUCUGUUAACUCAGUGGUUUCGACCUUGAGUGGAAUGGUUUACACUGGCUCCGCAGAUGGAACCGUUAAAGUGUGGAAAAGGGAACAACAGCGGAAAGGAGCAAAGCAUAUGUUGGCACAAACUCUUUUACAACAAGACUGUGCUGUUACGGCGUUGGCAAUCAACACCAAGGGUUCAGUAUUGUACUGUGGCUCCAGUGACGGCGUGGUCAAUUUCUGGGAAGUUGGGAAACAAUUAGCCCACGGCGGGGACCUUAAUGGGCACAAGCAGACGGUGCUUUGCCUUAAGGCUACUGAUAAUUUGGUCUUUAGCGGAUCAGCUGAUAAGACUAUAUGUGUUUGGAGGAAGGACGGCAACAUCCACACAUCCCUCUGCGUGCUGACUGGGCAUAUGGGGCCCGUCAAGUGUUUGGCGGUGGAAAAAGAUCAUGAAUCUGGGAGUGAGCAGCGGUGGAUUGUGUACAGUGGAAGCCUUGAUAAUUCGGUUAAGGUAUGGAGCGUGGCGGAGUAUGCUCAGGUAACAGCGGGCACCACAAUCAUCAUCAUCAGCGGCCGAAUUUCGAUUGCGAUACGGAUUCUAACCGAUUCGCAUAUGAUGAGAGCGCCCCCUUCCAGCCAGCAUAGACAACACUGAUCAACAUGCAUAUGCUGCCACGUGUCCACUUAUAAUAAAAAAGUUACCAAAAUUCACACGUGGAAAAUUAAGGGUACGUGAU